AUGUCGAUCAUCCCAAGCAUUUUUGGUGGCCGACAAAGCAACAUCUUCGAUCCGUUCUCUAUGGAUAUCUGGGAUCCAUUCCAAGACUUCACCUUCGACAGUGCUCUCACCAGUCCUCAAUUCAAAACUGAGACGGCAGCAUUCGCCAAUGCCCGCAUCGAUUGGAAGGAGACUCCAGAAGCCCAUGUCUUCAAAGCUGACCUUCCUGGGCUCAAGAAGGAAGAAGUGAAAGUCGAACUGGAAGAAGGUAGAGUCUUACAAAUCAGUGGGGAGCUCAAUAGAGAACACGAAGAGAAGAACGAUAAGUGGCACCACGUCGAACGCAGCAGCAGCAAGUUCCUUCGUCGGUUCAGGUUGCCGGAGAAUGCCAAGGUGGACCAGGUGAAGGCGACGGUGGAGAAUGGGGUUCUUAUUAUAACUGUUCCUAAGGAAGAGAUGAGAAGGCCUGAAGUGAAGGCUAUUGAAAUCUCUAGUUAGAAUAAAUAGUGUAAUACUUCCAUUUAGCCUGAUGAAUGUGUUUUGUAUUAGCAUGUAGAGAAUGGGGAG